GUUAUUUCUCAUGCCACGUAUGCACCGUUAACGCUUUAGCAUUGGAGAUGCUCUUACAAUGAAACACACUACUUUUUUUUUAUAGGAAAACACACUACUUUUCAUUACCCAUAUUUAGGGCCGGCCCUGAGCAUGUGUAGGGGGCCCAACCUCAUAGGGCCCAGAAAAAUUGAAGCAACCAAAAAAAUAAUUCCUAGUACAAUUAUCACUAGUGUUCUAACAAGCGGAUAAAACCGCAAUUAAGGCAGAUCCUUGGACCCGUACAGGCCAUUGAACAUGAGGACUUAUUUAUACAACUAUAGUGCUAAGGGCUUUAUCAACUUGAACGGUGUGGGAUAUUGAGUAUGAGAUGAAGCAGAAAAAUGCUUAUAGUACGGAAUUUGUUUUAAGGAUUUUCAAACUAAGCAAAUUGAUGUUUGCACGAAGCAUUAUGUUGGGAUAUAUUAUCCCGGCCUAUUACUGUUCAUGAGUCCAAGGCUUUACGUAGUACGGGGCCCGAGCAGCUAGGCCCAUUUCGGCCCAUCCGGCCCACUUUAGCCAUUUGGGCCCACCCUGGCCCGUUUGGCCCAUUAGGGUGGAGAGCCCCUUCUCCCCUUCCCCUAUUUAUAGGAGGCUUCCCUCCAUGUUUUGGGGAUCCUCUUUUAGCUCCACCUCCCUCAUUCUUUUAGACUUAGCUCAAUACUCCAUUAAUGGGAGCUUGUACAAUGUAAUUGUGAGGAGAGUCCUAAUGAGAAAGAGAGGGCUUGGACAUUAGCCUAAAAAGUCCCGUGGUUUUCUCCCUUUCGGGUUUCCACGUAAAAACUGAGUUGUUCAUACACAUUUAUACAUAUAUUUACUAUAUCGUGUUGGAUUAAACUCAACACUGGCGCCGUCUGUGGGAAUCUGUCCAAAAAGAUUCAUGUGUUUUACUGUUCUUGAGUUCCUACACAAAAAAUUCAUACGAAGUGGACUGAUUUCACCAAAAAAGAAGGAAAAUUCUAGGAAAAAUGAUUCCGGGAAAGGAAGAAGCUACGGAUCCUAAAAAUCCAAAUCUGGAUUUUUUCAUAUCUGAGUUGGGGCCGCCGGACCCGCCGCCGCCAUUCGCGCCACCAUGGAUCCUCCGGUGAAUUUAGCUACCCCAGGGGAAUCUCACUGCAGCGUCCAUUGGUUUUGCCGCUUCGUUCCUGGUAAAACGUCGCCGGCGACAGAGUGUUUCAUGGCCCACCGUUGGCUCCACCGGCCAUCGCUUGAGUCGCCACACCGCCGCCUUCGCCGCCGGUGAACUGCUGGUCAUCCCUCCACCUGGCCAGUCGCAGCUCGAGCCUCCACGACUCUACCAAUGCGGCCUGAGGGAUAGGCCGGCUGUGAGCUCCUUGGUUUCCUCCAUUAAUGGAGAUUCGGAGCUCGGGGAAGGUAUUUUCGAAGCUCAAUAAGCAGGCCUCCCACCGAGACCAGACCAUAUGGCCGUCCUUGCUCCGCGGCAAACGCCUGAACCUCCCUCGGUAAGGUGGCCGACGCAGGCAUAUUACCUUGGGGUGGGUGAGCCGAUGUUCCUGAAGCCUUUUCCAUAGAUGUGGAGUAAGUAGCACCGAUCAUAUUAACUUGGCUCCCAGAAGACCACGUCAUUGGACUAGUGAUUGCCAGAUGGAUUAAGAUUGGAGCAAUUUUGACCAAGUCAAAAUUGGCAAAGGAGACCAAGUCCGAUUCCACAAAUCCUGCUGGCCGAGGUUCCAUCUCGAAAAAGAUAAGUACCCCUCUUUAACUUGAUACAUCUAAUCCGUAAUUGUUAAAUAGUUUAAACUAUUAGUAAUGAUAGUAUUUUUAUCACCAUUAUUUAAUAGAGAGCAAAUACCCCGAAAUUAAAUAAUGUCGAGCAAAGCUCAGAUGAGUAAAGCUCUAGUGAUAAUUAAUUUCACCAUCAUUUUAAUUAAUGAUGGGUUGUUGUGGGCCCGUUGGCCCGCUCCUGGUCGGCUUUAAUUAGCGAACGGAGCAUACCUGAAUGGCCUUUGAUAGGAUAAUAUCAUUGCUAUUACCUGUUAUAUCACUAUUGUUUAUUAGGGAUAAAAAUGUCCCGAAUUAAAUAAAGUGGAGCGAAGCUCUAGUGAUGGUUGGUUCAGCCAACAUUUUAUUGAAUAUUUAAUUUCUUGUGGGCCCGUUAGCCCACUCUCGAUCAGCUAGAUUGAGCGAUCCGAGCGUCUCCAGUAGGGCGAUGCCCCGACGACGCAUUUUAAUUUGAGGGUUACGCAAUAGUCCGCACGGCACUACGUGCCCGAUCGACAAUCAUACCCCAGUAUCAUUUACGCCGUUAAGCGAAAUGACUAUUGCCAAACGUGGCCUGUGGGGCCCGAAGGCACCAAAGCACCCAACCUCCUUUUUCUGAGGUCAGUGCGACCAACUUGGGUCUGAGUUUGAAAACUCACGGACCGAUGAAUAUCUCUAUGAGACGUACGGCGGGCUGCCAGUUGGCCCCGCCGCGAGCUGCUACAUCCAUUAGUCCCGCACGAUGAGCCGGGCCGAGGGUCACGAUGACCCAUAGGCCGGUAUUCGUGGAUGUUAAAGAGGAAGCCAUGCAGAUGGUUAUGUGUGCAUAUUUAUUGUUGGGCCAUGUGGCCGUUACCAUGCUUAUUGCGCAGCUGAAAUCACUCGACGCGCUCGAGUGAAAUGAUUAAAAGACGCUCGGCCCGAGUCUUGAAGACGUUCAGGGCCAGCUAAAGAGGAGACCACCACGGCGGAGGACCGUGAGACGAGCAUCUCCACCCCAGAGACCGAUGGCCUAGGAGAGAACACCUAGAGGCCGAGGACUAUAGUGGACUACCACGGCGGAGGACCGUGAGACGAUCAUCCAUCAUUCAGAGGCCGAGGGCCUAGAGGAGACCAUCACGGCCGAGGGCCGUGAGACCAUCCUGAUUUUCAGGUCGGCCUCUCAUCGCCGACAUUAUCAUACCACGACCGGCCCCUCGGCUCGGCGUGUUCAUCUUUUGAAGACCGGCCUCGUCCCCGCGCUGCGCGGAUGAGGACCGUUGCUUGGUUCUUUCAUGUCGGCCUCUCAUUGCCGACACCGUCGUACCACGACCGGCCUCUCGGCUUGGCGUGCCUAUCUUUUGAAGACCGGCCUCGCCCCCGCACUGCGCCGAUGAGAGCCGUUGCUGGAUUGCAGGUCGACCCUCAUUGCCGACACUGCCACAUCAUGUUCGGCCUCUCAUUGCCGACAUCAUUACAUCAUGACCGGCCUCUCGGCACGGCAUGAUUAUCUUAUUUGAAGACCGGCCUCGUCCCCGCGCUGCGCGGAUGAGGACCGUUGCUUGAUUUUAGGUCGGCCUCCCAUGGCCGACAUCAUUAUAUCACGACCGGCCUCUCGGCACGGCGUGUUUAUCUUUUGAAGACCGGCCUCGUCCCCGCGCUGCGCGGAUGAGGGCCGUUGCUUGAUUUUAGGUCGGCCUAUCAUUGCCGACACCAUUAUAUCCCCAUCUUAUUUGAAGACCGGCCUCGUCCCCGCGAUGCGCGGAUGAGGACCGUUGCUUGUUUUCUCAGAUCGGCCUCUCAUUGCCGAUAUCGUCACAUCACGACCGGCCUCUCGGCAUGGCGUGAUUAUCAUAUUUGAAGACCGGCCUCGUCCCCGCGCUCGCGGACGAGGACCGUGCCUGUUUUUCUCAGAUCGGCCGCUCAUUGCCGACACCAUGAUACCACGACCGGCCUCUCGGCUCGGCGUGCUUAUCUUUUGAAGAUCGGCCUCGUCCCCGCCCUCGCGGACGAGGGCCGUUGCUUGAUUUUCUCAGAUCGGCCGCUCAUUGCCGACACCAUUAUACCACGACCGGCCUCUCGGCUCGGCGUGCUUAUCUCUUGAAGACCGGCCUCGUCCCCGCCACCCCGCGGACGAGGACCGUUGUUUGAUUCUUUCAGUUCGGCCUCUCACUGCCGACACUAUCAUGUUAUGUUCGGCCUCUCGGCACGACAUAUUUAUCUUUUGAAGACCGGUUUCAUCCCCGCGCUGCGUGGAUGAGAGCCGUUGCUUGGAUAUAUCGGCCUGAUCGGACACUAUCGUCAUCUCCUUAUCAGGACCGACUGCUCAGCGGCGUUAUGAUCAUUAUUUGUCGGCUCUCAAUGCCGACCCUCUUGAGUUUGCGAUCGGGCUCACGACUCCCCUCCAGGAGGGUGACCAUCGCCUUCGCAUGACGACCAGCUAUUCUAUCGCCUCGUCAUUAUAUUCGUUCGAUAUGCCACCGCCAUUAUGAGUGACAUCCCGUGAUCCCUGCGAGUUUCUUGGAUACCGAAUGUCUUCUUCGAUGUAGGAAGAUCGGUAGGACCACGGACCAGGGACGGACAAAGAAGAGCUAGGGAAUCUCGAUGCAGAUAAACCUGUUCCUCCUUGUGAUGUCUGCGGAUACCGAACGUCUCCUCGAAGUAGGGACGCCGGCAGGACCAAGGACCAAGGACGAACGAAGCACCAGGGAAUCUCGAUGCAGAUAAACCUGUUCCUCCUUGUGAUGUCUGCGGAUACCGAACGUCUCCUCGAAGUAGGGACGCCGGCAGGACCAAGGACCAAGGACGAACGAAGCACCAGGGAAUCUCGAUGCAGAUAAACCUGUUCCUCCUUGCGAGUUUCGCGGAUACCGAACGUCUCUUCGAAGCAAGAGCGCCGGUAGGACCAAGAACCAAGGACGAACGAAGAAUAUAGAUUGCCUCCCUCAAACAAAAAAAAAAAAAAAAAAAAAAGAUGGGGAGAAGAGGAGGGUAGCUCCUAUGUGGAAGGGAAUCUUGCCCGGGUGUGCCAGAUCUUCUCCCACCGCCGAAGACGAACGCCUCUCGAUGUAGAGGUUAGUAGAGACGCGGAGGGGGCUAGACGAACCAAGGGAGCCUUGCCAAGAUAAACCUGUUCAUCCCACAAUGACCAUGGAUCGAUGGACGUGGGAUAACAAAGACGGGAACCCGUGAGGGUAAACCAGUUCGUCCCUGCGAGUUCCUUGGGUACCGAACGUCUUCUUCGAUGCAAGAGACGCCGGUAAGACUAAAAGGACCAGGGACGAACGAAAAAGGGGGAAUCUCGAUGUAGAUAUACCUGUUCCUCAUUGCGAUGUCCGCGGAUACCGAACGUAUCUUCGAUGUAAGAACGCCGGUAGGACCAAGGACCAAUGACGAACGAAGACUAAAAGACUCCACAAAAAAAAAAAAAAAAAAAAAAAAAAAAGAUGCCAGAAGAGCACGGAGCAAAGAACCAUUUUAUCCCUCGGCGCUAUUGGCCGGGAAGUACAAACUGGAAAACAUAUGUAAAGAAUAAUUACAAAACUUAGGUACGAAGAAUGAAGUAGCCGACGACGAUCGGCUAACAUCAGGUUUUCUUUUGCCUCGAACGACGAUUAGCCCCCCAGAUCAGGUAGAAGGGACAUCGCCCAGAUUUAUUUCAGGCUCACCAUUCCUUCCCGAAUGGAGUCCUGGCAGACGAUCGGCUUCUCACAGCCAAUCAGGAGAGAGACUUGACACAUCACCAGCACGGCCGAGGGCCGUGAGACGAUUACCACUCACCGACAGGCCGAGGGCCAUGAGAUGAUCAUCACUAUUUUUCUGUAUCACGAUCGGCCCCUCAGCGCCAUCGUGUCCAGACUCACGGUUCGUCUUGCCCAUUGCCUUCCAGGAUGGCGACGAACGUCUUAUGCAGUGCGAUCGGCCCCUCAGCGCCAUCGUACUUGGCUUCACGGUUCGGCUCGCCCAUUCCCUCCAGGAUGGCGACGACCGUCUUACGCAGCACGAUCGGCUUCUCAGCGCCAUCGUGUCUCGUUCACGUUCGGAUCGCCCCAUUCCCUUCCAGGAUGGCGACGAACGUCUUAUGCAGUGCGAUCGGCCCCUCAGCGCCAUCGUACUUGGCUUCGCGGUUCGGCUCGCCCAUUUCCCUCCAGGAUGGAGACGACCGUCUUAUGCAGCACGAUCGGCUUCUCAGUGCCAUCGUGUCUCGUUCACGUUCGGAUCGCCCCAUUCCCUUCCAGGAUGGCGACGAACGUCUUAUGCAGUGCGAUCGGCCCCUCAGCGCCAUCGUACUUGGCUUCACGGUUCGGCUCGCCCAUUCCCUCCAGGAUGGCGACGACCGUCUUAUGCAGCACGAUCGGCUUCUCAGCGCCAUCAUGUCUCUUUCACGUUCGGAUCGCGCAUCUCUUCCAGGAUGGCGACGAACGUCUUAUGCGGUACGAUCGGCCCCUCAGCGCCAUCGUACCUAGAUUCACGGUUCGGCUCGCCCAUUCCCUCCAGGAUGGCGACGACCGUCUUAUGCAGCACGAUCGGCUUCUCAGUGCCAUCGUGUCUCUUUCACGUUCGGAUCGCCCCAUUCCCUCCAGGAUGGCGACGAACGUCUUAUGCAGUGCGAUCGGCCCCUCAGCGCCAUCGUACUUGGCUUCACGGUUCGGCUCGCCCAUUUCCCUGCAGGAUGGCGACGACCGUCUUAUGCAGCACGAUCAGCGCCCCAGCGCCAUCGUGCCUGGCUCACGUUAGGGUCGCCCAUCCCUUUCAGGGUGGCGACGAACGUCUCUUAUGCAGCACGAUCAGCGCCCCAGCGCCAUCGUGCCUGGCUCACGUUAGGGUCGCCCAUCCCUUUCAGGGUGGCGACGAACGUCUCUUAUGCAGCACGAUCAGCGCCCCAGCGCCAUCGUGCCUGGCUCACGUUAGGGUCGCCCAUCCCUUUCAGGAUGGCGACGAACGUCUCUUAUGCAGCACAAUUAGCGCCCCAGCGCCAUCGUGUAUGGCUCACGUUAGGGUCGCCCAUCCCUUUCAGGAUGGCGACGAACGUCUCUUAUGCAGCACGUCUGCCCCUCGGCGCUGACAUGCCCGGGUUAUCGUUGAGAGCUACCGCUCCUAUCACAUCUUGCAUUCCCUCUCUCAUACAUUGCACCCAUACAUUACAUGCAUUCAUGCAUCAUACCUCAUACAUUCAUACAUACACACGUGCAUCAUGUUUUGACAGUACCGCGACGUCGGUUUAUAGAUGCAUGGACCUCUAAGCUUCUCCGAUUGGAAAGAUCGAGUCGGAGUCCUAUACUCCCGCCUGAUGCAUUCAGCGGGAGUGUGCCCGUGGAGGAGCACCCUUCGCCCGACCCUGUCGGGAAGGGGGGUGCCUCACUGGUAGAUUACGUUCAGGAGUGCAGACACUCACUCAUAUAUGAUGAUUAUGUGAAGACACAGUUUCCAGCAAGACAGAGGAAGAGCGCAGGCAGAGUAUAUUUUCUCGAGCAGAUUCGCGAGCUCACUACUCAAGAAACUGGGGGACUUGUGUUGGGAUAUAUUAUCCCGGCCUAUUACUGUUCAUGAGUCCAAGGCUUUACGUAGUACGGGGCCCGAGCAGCUAGGCCCAUUUCGGCCCAUCCGGCCCACUUUAGCCAUUUGGGCCCACCCUGGCCCGUUUGGCCCAUUAGGGUGGAGAGCCCCUUCUCCCCUUCCCCUAUUUAUAGGAGGCUUCCCUCCAUGUUUUGGGGAUCCUCUUUUAGCUCCACCUCCCUCAUUCUUUUAGACUUAGCUCAAUACUCCAUUAAUGGGAGCUUGUACAAUGUAAUUGUGAGGAGAGUCCUAAUGAGAAAGAGAGGGCUUGGACAUUAGCCUAAAAAGUCCCGUGGUUUUCUCCCUUUCGGGUUUCCACGUAAAAACUGAGUUGUUC